CAAACCUUGAUUAAAAUUUUGUUCUUAGGCAGACUAGGUUGUUGUCAGUAUUCUCUGUUCUUCUUCCCCUGUUUCAAGGAUUAAAAUUGUGUAAUCUCAUCGAAGGAUCAACCUUCUCUGGAGAGAUCUGGUUUUUUCAAGAAUUGACUCAUGUCCUUCGCUUGAGGAGGGAAAUCAAACGGGAACAAUGUGUGGCGUAUGAUUGGAUGUCCUUUCUUGCAGUGUGAAUGCAGUUCUAAAUACCUACUCACUCUUGUUAUGUGUACUGUGUUGUCACUUUAUCAAACACUUAUGUACAGUAAACUAUAGAUGGCAGGCCAAUUUACGAGAUCAAGAAGACUAGAAACUCAGCAGCAGGAACAGUCGAGGGCUAGGUGGACAACAUCACUAACAAAGAUACUUGCCACACUUAUGGUUGACCAAGUACAUAAAGGGAAUAAACAUAACAAUUUAUUCAAUAAGAAAGCAUGGAAAUAUAUUUGUGAUGAGUUUUACAGCAAAACAGGUCUGAAAUGGGACAAGGAACAGCUCAAAAACCGAUAUUCCGUCUUGAGGCGGCAGUAUUCUAUUGUAAAGUCCAUUCUUGAUCAAAGUGACUUUAGUUGGGAUGAAUCCACAGGAUCUAUAACAGCUAAUGAUGAAAUUUGGGCGGAAUACAUCAAGAGAUUGCAGAAACAUCCAGAUGCUGAGACUGUCAAAACCGGUGGGUGCCCAAUCUUUAAAGAACUUUUUACAAUAUUCUCUGAGCCAGCAACCAAUGGCAAACAUGAAUAUGUAGCUGCAUCUGAGGGUGAACAUACUUCUGUAACUCCUUGUCUAGAGCCAUUGAACACACACCACGAAGAAUCCUCAUCAGAAUCCCAGGACGAGGAGGAGGCUAAUGAUCCUCAAACAGUUCAACCUACUACACCUACUGGAAUUUCUAAGCGCAAAAGAGGGCGUAAAGGAAUUGAUGAAGCUAUUGCAGAUGCCAUAUUUGAGAUGGCGUCUGCUUCAAAGAUGAGGGCAGCUGCCAUAGAGCAACAAAUUGCUAGAUUUAGCAUGGCUGACUGUAUUAGGGACUUAGAUCUGAUGGAAGGUGUUGAUCAACAUCUAUAUUUUGCUGCUGUUGAUCUGUUCAACAAACCUAAUGCUAGGGAGAUAUUUUUGUCCCUCAAAAAGGAUAAACGUUUAACUUGGUUGCGUGGUAAGUGUUCUGUUGCAUCCAAUUUAUCUUGUGCAGAAUGAAAAAAGAGAA